AACCUGCUUCCUCUACUUGGCUAGCUAGCCUCGGCUAGGUUAUAGUUUGCCGUCACAUUGUGCGCUUAUUUUUGGUUCCAAUUAGCAAGUUCAUCUGUAGGUAACAGCGUGGUUAAUCCGUUCGGUUUACCACGGGACUGCUUCAGCUCUGUGACAAUAGUUGGACGAGAAUGGCAACAACGGCGCUGUACGCUUGCACAAAGUGUAACCAGCGGUACCCGUUCGAGGAGCUCUCGCAGGGCCAGCAGCUCUGCAAGGAGUGUCGCAUUGCCCAUCCAAUAGUGAAGUGCACAUACUGCAGAUCUGAGUUCCAGCAGGAAAGUAAAACAAAUACCAUCUGCAAGAAAUGUGCCCAGAACGUCAAACAAUUUGGAACGCCCAAACCAUGCCAGUACUGUAACAUCAUUGCCGCUUUCAUUGGGACAAAGUGCCAACGUUGUACAAAUUCAGAAAAGAAAUACGGUCCGCCACAGACGUGUGAGCAGUGUAAGCAGCAGUGUGCUUUUGACCGCAAGGAAGAAGGCAGGAGGAAGGUGGAUGGGAAACUGCUGUGCUGGCUCUGCACUCUUUCUUACCGCCGCGUCCUACAGAAAACCAAGGAGCAGAGGAAGGGCUUUGGCUCCUCCAACUCGUCUGUGCUUAAUGAGAAAGACCACCAGUCAAGGCAGCAGCAGCAGCAGCAGCAGCAUCAUCAUCAUCAUCACCAUCAGCAACACAGACACAGCAGCUCUCACCACAAACUAAGUGGGAGCUUGAGUCCUGAGCAAGAGCAAGGAUUGUGGAAGCAGAGCCAUAAAUCGUCUUCGAUUCAAAAAGAGACUCCAAAGAAGAAACCAAAACUGGAGAUGAAGCCAUCAAACGGUGACAGCAGUAGUUCCAUCACCCAGUCCAUGGAUUCAGGGGGAACCGACAACUUCAUUCUCAUCAGCCAACUGAAAGAAGAGGUGAUGUCACUGAAGAGACUGCUGCAACAAAAGGAUCAGACCAUACUGGAGAAGGAACGCAAGCUCACAGAACUGAAGGCUGACUUUCAGUAUCAAGAGUCCAACAUGAGAGUCAAGAUGAACCAAAUGGAGAAGGCACACAAAGAGUCUAUGGAACAGCAACAGACUAAGAACAGGGAGCUGAUGAAACAAGUGGCAGCACUGUCCAAAGGAAAAAAGUUUGAUCGGACAGGAAGCUCACUGCUGCUGCCCUAACACUUCAGCGGCCAGGGUGUGCUGACCCAGACGACAUUGUUUUCACACUGUGAAAGUCUCCCUCCUGUGUUUUUUACUCUUUGCCAUCAGCAUUGAGCUCUUUUAUUGUUUGUAAAAUCAGUGUCGUCGCCCACAGAAACAACAUUUUUUUCCAAAAUGUCAAUAUAUUUUAGAUAUUUUUUGGGAGGUGACUUUUUCACCUAAAUGUAACAAGUGGAUGUGGGAUGGAACUCUCAUAUAUUAACACUGCCGGGUCAAAGAAAAGCGUGACAAGCACCAACAAAUCCCCCAGGAUUUGAUGUGGGUGUUAUGCGAUAUUUUUUAUUUAUUCAACUGUAAUUCUUAGUUUUUUGGGGUCUUUUUUCCCUUACACAACCUAUAAGGAGAAAAUCCCACGUUUUGCGGGUUUCUUCAAGAGCUAUUGCUUCUAUUUUUAUAAAUGAUAAUGUACUUCUUCACAAUGAAUGCAAAUAUUGGGGGAGUGUGACCACCGAGUUGCUGCUCAUCUUGAGACAACACUCUAACAUUCAAGAAACAAUCGGUAAACACAGUGAACCUCUGCUGAAUGGAAACACCUUUUGGCUGCACACCUGUCUCAUGAUGUGAUAGCUAUAGUGCUUAAAUUCAGGAGAACGAUUGUAAUUCUGCAUGUUUUUUACCCCAGGGACUUUUUUAUUUUCCUCAUUUUAAAUCGUUUUUAAAGAAACAUUUUUAAAUGUAUUAUAUUGGGUCAGCUGUUGUAUAUUUACAUUUUGCUCGUAUCUGUUUUAGUAAGUACAGUGUGUUUAUGGUAAGGCCAGUUGAAAUUAUACAUGCAGAGGAGGCUUUUUAAAGAAACACUCCUGUCACCUCUCAUUGGACUGGUUUCAUACUGGGCUGUUUAAGAACACUUUUGUAUAUAUUUUUUUGUAAAACCAAGUGUUAAAAAAAAAAAAUAAAACCGGCUAAACCACC